AUGCAGGCAAAACUAGGUUUGUUUCUUCCUACUGCCUCUCUUGACCGUUGGAUUAUUACAAUAGGUGUGAUCAGUGGCUCUCCACUUGGACCCACUGUGAGUGCACGUGGUUCUGGGAGGAUCUGGAUCCUCCGUUCCACAGCAGCCACGUCAUUGGCUUUGGAGUCGUACACGAAUAGGGUGGAUCGCAUCGCAUUGAUUUCUCACGAUAUUUACUGGCCAGGACGCGUAAUUUCCACCGUCUGA